GUUGGAUGAUCAGAGUUAAUCAAGAGUCAGUGCAUCGAGUUGUGUAUUACAUUGAGAAGCAAGCAGUAGUGGACCAGAGUUCACAAUCAUCCUCUUGGGCAGCUGAAGUCAGUGCAUACGAAUCCUGCAAAAGACCCUUGACUCUUAAGCCAAGGAGGUAGUACGGGUUGAUCUGGGCCAUCCAUUAUCCCGAUCGGACAGCCUGGACCAACUUCGCCUUUGGCACGGUUAUCUCAAGAAGCUUCAUCCAAAUUGCUUUUAGAGCUCGGUUGUGACGUGUCAGCGUGCAUCACUGGAGGAAGUGACCAAGUUGAUUACGCUGCUGCCAGUGCACUCCUUGCCUGAUUGCAAUUGAAUCGUCAGCUCGUCAACUUCCCCUGAAGUACCAGGACCAGGUGCCAUAUGUACACCGCUGUCGCCACUGCAACCUAGCUCAUUACCCCAUAUCGACAUAUCGCAUCUUCCUGGCUUGACUCACUUCACCACCUUCACUGCCAGACAGCCAUGACCUUCGUCAGCAGCGGGCAGAGCGAACCCCCGAGGGCGCACUUCGUGCUGGUCCCGAUGAUGGCGCCAGGCCACUCCAUUCCCAUGACGGACAUGGCCCGCCUGCUGGCUGAACACGGUGCGCAGGUCAGCUUCAUCACCACACCGGUGAACGCGUCCAGGUUAGCGGGCUUCAUUGCAGACGUGGAUGCAGCGGGCCUGGCGGUCCAGCUUGUGCAGCUCCGCUUCCCAACUGCCGAGUUCGGCCUACCGGACGGGUGCGAGAACCUUGACUUGGUCCAAUCCAGGGAUCUGCUCUUGAACUUCAUGGAGGCCUGUGCCGCGCUCCGGGAACCGCUCGCAGCGCACCUCCGUGAGCAGCAGCACCUGCCUCCGAGCUGUAUAAUAUCCGACAUGAUGCACUGGUGGACCGGUGACAUUGCAAGGGAGCUCGGUAUCCCCAGGCUCGCCUUUAUUGGAUUCUGUGGCUUCUCGUCCCUUGCCAGGUACAUUGCUUUUCACCACAAAGUAUUCGAAGACGUCACAGAUGAGAACGAACUCAUCACAAUCCCGGGAUUCCCUACGCCACUGGAGUUGACGAAGGCUAAAUCCCCUGGAGGCAUAGUCAUUCCCGGUUUGGAGCGUAUCCGUGAGAAGAUCUUAGAGGAGGAUCUGAGAUGCGAAGGCGAGGUCCUCAACAGUUUCCAAGAUCUGGAGACUUUGUACAUUGAAUCCUUUGAGCAGAUGACAGGGAAGAAGGUCUGGACGGUUGGGCCAAUGUGCCUCUGCAACCAAGACAGCAACACAAUGGCUGCAAGAGGAAACAAGGCGUCAAUGGAUGAGGCACAAUGCUUGCAAUGGCUUGAUUCAAUGAAGCCUGGCUCAGUGAUCUUAGUCAGCUUUGGCAGCCUCACCUGUACUGCACCUCAGCAACUUAUUGAGCUGGGACUGGGACUUGAAGCCUCCAAGAAACCGUUUAUUUGGGUGAUCAAAGCAGGAGAUAAGUUUCCAGAAGUUGAGGGAUGGCUCGCCGACGGGUUCGAGGAGCGUGUCAAAGACAGAGGCAUGAUCAUAAGGGGCUGGGCACCACAGGUGAUGAUCCUGUGGCAUCAAGCAAUUGGAGGAUUCAUGACACACUGUGGGUGGAACUCAACAAUAGAGGGCAUCUGUGCAGGUGUUCCCAUGAUCACGUGGCCACACUUUGGAGAGCAAUUUUUGAAUGAGAAGCUACUGGUGGAUGUGCUGAAAAUUGGGGUCGAGGUUGGAGUGAAACGAGUUACACACUGGGGACAAGAACAAAAAGAGGUUAUGGUUACAAGAAAUGCUGUGGAAAAAGCAGUGUACACUGUGAUGGAUGACGGGGAGGCUGCAGAGGAGUUGAGGAUGAGAGCAAAAGACUACGCCAUCAAGGCGAAGAUGGCUUUCAAUGAGGAAGGUUCUUCAUACAACAAUGUAAGUCUGUUGAUUCAAGAAAUGAGAAAGAGGACAAAUGCAUCUGCUUGAUACAGAUGGUAGUAGGCUCUCCCUUGGGGUGUAAACAUAAAGUGAAAGACCCGAUAAAUAUUUGUAGCAUUUAUUUUACAAAUAACCAGUAGCUUGCAUCAGGCUCGCUAUGGGGUUCGGUUGAGAUUA